AGUAGAGUUGGACGCGCUCCAGAGGAGGGAGGGAGGUCCCCGCCUGCCUGUGUGUGUUUUUUUUGGGUGUGUGGUGUCUGUUGUGACAUCCAAAACUGUCGCAAGUUCCAGUUUUCAUUAUGGACACUUUGUCAGCUACAUUUCGCCACGUGUGAAACUAUGUUCCCACCAUGUUUAGUUUCUACCGCGGGAUUCAUCAUCGUGUGAGAAGAGACUUCAACUUUGGACCGAAAUGGCAAACCAUGAGCGAAACAAGAAGAUCUUACUGGAGCUGGUGAAGCAGGAGGCGAACAGCCGGUGCGCGGACUGCGGCGCGCCCGAUCCAGACUGGGCAUCCUACAAGCUGGGUGUGUUUGUGUGUCUGAACUGCUCCGGCAUCCACCGCAGCCUGUCCAGUCGAGUCAAAUCCAUACAGCUGGACUUCUGGGAGGAUGAGCUGGUGGAGUUCAUGAAAUCCAAUGGCAACGCCAGCGCCAAAGCUUUGUACGAGAAAGCCGUUCCACCAUACUACUAUCGACCCCAGGAAAAUGACUGUGGCGUCUUAAGAGAGCAGUGGAUUCGGGCUAAAUAUGAAAGGAUGGAAUUUAUAGGAGAAACCAAGUAUCCACCUAUCUCUUACACCACAGGUUUCUAUGAAGGGAUGCUGUGGAAGAAAGGGAAAGAGAACACGCAUUUUCUGAAGAGGAAGUUUGUACUUUCAGAGAGAGAAUUCACCAUGACUUAUUACAACAAGGAAAAUGAAUCCAAAGGUCCUAAAGCUGUAAUCUCCAUCAAGGACUUAAACGUCACCUUUCAACCAGAAAAGAUUGGUCAUCCUCACGGGCUGCAGAUCACCUACCAAGAUGACGAUCACACCAGAAACCUCUAUGUUUACCAUGAGAGUCCUGAGGAAAUAGUCACGUGGUACAACGCCAUUCGUGCUGCUCGCUAUGCAUACCUGAGGACUGCGUACCCAACUGGAACCGAUGAGGAACUGACACCAUUGAUAACAAGAAACUACCUCAAAGAGGGUUACAUGGAAAAGACGGGCCCGUUGCAAAAGGAGUCAUUCAAAAAGAGGUGGUUUAUUUUGGACUCACAAAACAGGAAGUUGCUCUACUUCAAAGGCCAGUUGGAUGCAGAGGAGUUAGGGGUCAUUUUCAUCGGAACGGAGAACAAAGGUUACUCUGUGAAGGAGUGCGUCCCAAAGCAUGCUCGGGGAAACAAAUGGAAGUGCGGCGUUAUGGUAGAGACCCCCGAGCGACAGUUUGUCUUCAUGUGUGAGCAGGAGAGGGAGCAGAAAGAGUGGCUCAACGCCCUCAGACAAGUCAUGCACAGGCCCAUGUCACCACAGGAUUAUACUGUUGAAGCCAAGAUCAAGUUUAAAAGAUGAACUACAGAGAGGUGUGUCAACGGGAUGAUGGGCAGGAGACUGCAGCUUUUGAAAACACAAGUGAUGCAACUACAGCAGCACAACAGAUGAACAGUGACUGGUGUGGUUAAGCAUCUUGAACCAUGACUCUGACUAUGCUCUCUGACACAGUGUGGAUUAAAAACGUCCAUCUACUCCUUUUAACUGACACUGUGUCUGAUGCUCAGUCUCAGACUUCAGAAAGCAUUGUACCAUUAUAUAAAAUCACUCUUAAGAACGGACAUCCCUGUCACUAUCAGCACUGUUACAUUGUCAUUUUUGUAAUAUUUAAAAAUUACUAUCAAAUUAUAUCAUUUUACAUUUGGUAGUGAGCAGAUAAAAGACAUGUAGAAAAGUGUAAUUUAUUCCAGCUUUUUACAGUUGUGCAUGCAUUUGUAUCUGUCAUUUUAAGAUGAAGAACACUGAACUUCUACUGCAAAUACAACCUGAUAAAUCAAGAUGACUGUAAUAUUACCUUUAACUUUGGUGCAAACACGAUGGAUAUAUGUUUAUUAUUAUUAUUAAGAUACAUUCUAGCAGCACAGUGACUUUGGGGGAUAUAUUUUAACUUCUCAAUACCAGUAUUUUGUUUUCAAUUUUUGAUCAAUAAAUGAAUGUUUGUAUGUAGUAAAUCAGCUCUGUCAAGGACAUGUUAAUGUUAAUGUUUUCUUUGAUAUAUUUAUCUUUUUUUCCAUUUGAAUGAAAAAAAUAUAUAUCUGAAACAUGAUUAAUUAGAUUAGAUUAGAUUAUGUCAUAAGCAACUAAUGUGUCAAAAUGUUGAGAAAAAGAACAAAACAAACAAACACAUUUAUAUAUAAAAAAAAGAAAAACAAAAAAAAGUCAGAUUCAGUUUAAUAUGUGACCAGAAAAGCAGAAAGACAGAGUUUAUCAAAUUGAAAUAAAUCAAACUAUAAACAUGGAACACAAAACAAACAAUGUGUUAUCCAUAAAAUUAAAUCAGAACACAUAAGAACGUGAAAAGUUAAAGGUCCAGUGUGUAGGGCUUAGUGGCACUUAGCAGUGAAGUUGCAGAUGACUAACCAGAUGAAGACUCUUCCACGUUUCACCCUCUGCUUC